CCCUACACGAAUUUGCAGCCAUUUUUAUUUUAACAUUUUAUGUGUACCAUAUUAUCAUAUAAUAAUUUGUUUAUCACCAUCUUUUUGUCUCGAUAUUCUAACCCUUCAGAUUUGAAUGAGGAAGUCUCCUCAUUCCUUCUCUACUCUCUCUCACUCUCUGUUAUAUUUGUAUUCAAUUCCCCACCUUGCAAUUCCCCUUUGAACCAUCACUUUAGUUGAAACCUCUUCAACUCUUUCUCUCUCUCUCUCACCUUAAACCAUUUCAAGUUCUGUUUUUCAUUUCUUCUUCUUUUCUCUUCCCAUUGCAAUAUCUCUACCAUUUUCUGUAACGGACUCGAAUCGAUCAUCAAUGAUGGCUCAAAAGCAUUUACACGAGCUACUAAAAGAGGACCAAGAACCAUUCCUUCUCAAAAACUAUAUAGCCGACAGAUGUGGCCAGUUGAAAAGACCUUCCCCAAAAACCCAUUUACAGGUCAAGAAACGAAAACCAAUCACGGAAGCCUCAAAUUUCCCCGGAUAUUUCUGCAAAAAUGCCUGCUUUUUCUCCUUCCAUGACUCUCCGGACCUCAGGAAAUCCCCGCUCUUCGAAUUCUCGUCUCCGGCUAAAAGUCCAUGCAAAGGAGGCUCCAAUGCUAUUUUCCUCCACAUUCCUGCUAGAACUGCAGCGCUUCUUCUUGAAGCUUCUUUAAGGAUUCAGAAACAGUCUACUACUUCUUCAAAACCCAAAACCCACAACAAUAACAACAAUGGUUUUGGAUUAUUUGGAUCGUUAUUGAAGAGACUAACCCAUCGAAACCGAAAUAGAAAAAGGGAAAUCGAAGGUGAUGGGGUUAAGAUAUCGGUUAAGGAUAUUCUUAGGUGGGAUUCAUCGGUUGGGCAUAGAAAACUAUCCAGUGAAAAACAGAGAAUGGAGGAAAAAAAGGUGGCGGGUGUGGAAGAUCAAAGUGUUUCUGAGAUUUCAGGCAAUGAGAUUGGCAUUGUUUCUUGUCCUUGCACUGGUAGGCCUAGUAGUGCUGUUUGGUCUGAGAGCAAUGAAGAGAAGUCUUUGGAUUUAGAGACCUCAAGCUCAGGCCUUUCUGACGACUCCGAAGAGAUCGAGUUUCUAUCGAGACUCAGAGAGGGCGGUGGUGAUGAUGACAAAGGCUUUUGUCAAAGCCCUUUUCGUUUCGUGCUUCAGAGAAGUCCGUCCACCUCAGGUCGCCGGACGCCAGAGUUUUCAUCGCCGGUGACUUCCCCGAGUCGCCACAAAACAGAGGACAAAGAGAAUUAUGAUACAGAGAGCUUAAAGAAACUCCAAGCAGAGGAAGAAGAGGAAGAUAAAGAACAAUGCAGUCCUGUAUCCGUAUUGGAUCCUCCAUUCGAAGACGAUGACGUCGGACAUGAUGAUGGAGAUGAAGAUGGUUUUGACAUGGAUUGCAGCUAUGCUAUUGUACAGAGAACAAAGCAACAGCUAUUGCACAAGCUCCGAAGAUUUGAGAAACUGGCCGAGUUAGAUCCGAUUGAACUUGAGAAAAGAAUGUUGGAAGAAGAUGAUAAUGAUGACAAUUAUGAUAUCAAUGACCGAGAGGGGGAAGAAGAAGAAGAAGAAUGUGAAGAUUAUGUGUCAAGAACAUCAGAUAGGGAAGAAAAUGUUUAUGGUUUUGUCAGACAAGUCCUUUGCAAAUCAAGCUUCAGCAGUAUGAAGCAAAUCCCAAAAGACAUGAAGAGACUUGUUUCUGAUCUCAUUGUUGAGGAGCAGAAACAACAUAAUGCCAUUGACAAUGAAGGAGAGGUGGUGGAAAGAGUAUGUGAGAGGUUGGAGUCGUGGAAAGAGGUAGAAUCGAACACGAUAGACAUGAUGGUUGAGCAAGAUUUUAGGAGAGAACUUGAAGGUUGGAAGAAAAAUCAGGAGCAACUUGGAGAAACUGCCAUGGAUAUUGAGCUUUCUAUCUUUGGUUUAUUGGUUGAGGAAUUGGCAGCAGAACUAGUUUUUCUAAACGGAAUAUAACCUAGGAAAGAAUUUUGUUUACUUCUUUUAAUUAUUAUUAUUUUUUUAAUAUUUCUUCUUAAAUCAAAAUAUAAAUUGGAGUAUAGUCUGACUGGUACUGUGAAGGGAAAAAUAGAGUACUAAAUAGGAAGCUACCCUUCUUAGGGGUGAGAAGGAUCUGAGCUAGAUGGUAGCAAGCUAUUAUGUAUAUUGGACGAGGGGUUUGGUGGGGACUCUGUAUGUAUCCCUUUUGCUCAAUUAGACCUGACGACAUGUACAAUUCUUGGCUUUUCUUCUAUAUCUAUAUAAUAUUAUCUUAUAUUUUCUUUCA